AUGCAAGGUGACGAUAAUGUAGAGUGUGAUAAAGACCUGUCUGAUGAUCAUAUAUAUGAAAAUCCUGUUAUACCGCUAUAUGAAAAUAUUGAUUUCAUAACUAAUCAGGAAGUUGUGUACAAAUUUAGAGAUAGAAAUAUGAGAUUAGUUAAAGAAUGGCAAGCUUGCUUUGAAAAUGACAUAAAAUCAGGAAAGGUGCAGGUUUCUCAUGGUGAUAUAUUUCAUGGAGCACCUUCAGCAGAUGCUAUUGUAGCAUCAGGCAACAGUUUUGGUUUUAUGGAUGGAGGUGUUAAUAAGGCUUAUAGCUUGCAUUUUGGAUGGCAACUGCAGAAACGUCUACAAAAAUUAAUUAGAGAACAACAUCAUGGAGAAAUCUUAGUGGGAUCUGCUGUUAUUAUACCAACAUUUGAAGGUGGUGCUGAACAAGAAUCUAUGAACUGGAACGGUGCUAAUGAAAAUAAACCUAUUAAAUAUUUAAUCUCGGCAACAGUUAUGAGAGCACCUCAAGCUGUAGAUGAUACUGUGAACUCGUAUCUUGCCUUCAGAGCUGUUGUUCUUGCAGUUGGAAAUUUUAAUAAAACUCUUGAUGAGAAGAUAAAAAGUGUGCUAUGUCCUGGAUUAGGAACAGCUGCAGGUAGAAUGCCAUUUGAUAGAUGUGCCUUCCAGAUGAAAGAAGCCUAUCAUACUUUUGUAUUGGGAAAAAAUCAAGAACGUAUUUACCCUACAAAAUUAGAAACAAUAUUGUUUGAUGUGAAUAAAAUGCAAAAGAGGCUAUCUGGAGCAUAUUAUGCAAAGCGACAAAGUAUAGAAGAUCUCAUGAUAGUGAUGAACAUGAUUAUGUCAAGCUUAUAUAGAAUAUUAGAAUCAAGUCCAUCCAGGAAGAAAUAAAGAACAUAAUAUGUGCUUCUAUUAUUAAUCCGCUGUUUUAUAUCUUGAAAUAGGAUAGAUUUACUCAUCCAGAAUGUAUAAUAAAUGUUUAUAAAUAUGUUUUUAUUGUAUACAUACUUGUUCUUGUAGGUAUAUCAUGUGUAAAGGGUCCCUAGUUAUGAAUUAAUGCUUAAUUUUGAUAUUUCUCAAGAUAUAUUUAGUUAUUGUUAAGUUGUUUUUUUACAUAGAUAAUUCUCAGAUAGAUAUUAAAUUUACUGGCUCAUAAAGAAUAAUAAUGGUUAUUAAAAUGAUGUAAUCAUAUUUAUCCAAUUGGCAGAGUUCAUACAGAAAAACUGUUUUAAGAAUUUUAGGCCUAAUAGUUAAGUAUUAGAAAGCUGUUACUCUCUCGUUUAUUGUCCAAGCUAUACUAGUGACAUUAUACUAAUGUAAUCAAAGCCAAGUCAAG